CUACUGCCAUUCAAGAUAUUUUGAAUGCAUUCUGCAACAGCAGUUAUGAGUGGAGUAACUAACUAACCAUGUGAAUAAUUCGCGUGUCAAAUCAGUUGAUUUGUAUAGUUAUAUACUCGACUUGUUCGCGAAUGCGAUGGAUAUGGAGGUACUCAAGUGCAAUUUAUUCGACACCUUCCAAAAAGACGACCACAGCGUUCUGGAUAAGUGGAUAUCGUCGUGUCGAGAGUUUCGAUCGUACGUUGAUACUAAGGUCGAACAGGGAUUUUUCUACGAAAAGGACUGCAGUAAGAAAAAAUCUGUCAACAUUGAAAAAAUAUCAGAGCUGCAGCAGGAAAUUAAUAAGACGAAGUCUGACAUAGACACUGUUAUAUUGCAGCAAAAAUUAACUGACAGGAAGAUAUCGAAUACAAUAAAGUUGCAAAAAGAUCUGAAAGAUGACCUGGAAAAGGCACGACUGCAAAGAGAAACUUUGAUACUGGAAAUAGAGGACCUAAAGCUUCAACAAGAAGAAAGAAAGACGAAGAAAAUCUUACAGUGGGAUGCCAUUAAGCGUGCGUCAAAUAUUUAUAAAGUAAAUUUGGAUGUGCAUUUAACUCUUGAACAGGAGAAUGAUCAGUCAUAUAUAAAAAUCUCAUUUUUCACACAUAACGACGAGACAAAAGAUAAAUAUUUUGUUCAAUUAUCAUGUAGUGAUAAUAACUGGAAAGUCGAACAAAUUAAACCGAAGCUGAGGAAAGAACAUCUCGAAAAAAUAAGUUCUAUAAAUGAUUCUUCUUCCAAAGUGUCGGAUAUCACUUUGUUUCUCUGCCAGGUACGAAGUAUAUUUUUACAACAUUACAUGUGAAUGCAAAAAAUAUUGCAAAACUAUUAAUUGUAUUGUUAAUUAUAAUAUAGCUUAUAAAACUAAUAUUUUACAAGAAAUAAGAUGUUAUAUUUUACUCACACUUAUUGCAAGAAUGAUCUUUAUUAAUGAAAAGUAAGAUAUCUAAAAUAAAUUUGCUAUAUGUA